AUGGCGACGAUCAGCCUGAGGAAAGCGAAUGCGCGGCUGCCGCCGGAGGUGAACAGGGUGCUUUAUGUUCGGAAUCUGCCGUUUAACAUCUCGAGCGAGGAGAUGUACGAUAUCUUCGGCAAAUACGGGGCAAUUAGGCAGAUACGCAUCGGCACCAACAAGGACACGCGGGGGACGGCGUUCGUGGUGUAUGAGGAUAUCUAUGAUGCCAAGACGGCCGUCGACCACCUUUCGGGCUUCAACGUGGCAAACCGGUACCUCAUAGUGCUCUACUACCAGCAAGCCAAGAUGAGCAAGAAAGUCGAUCAGAAGAAAAAGGAGGAGGAGAUCACACGUCUGCAGGAGAAGUACGGAAUUCCCACAUCGAGAGAUAAGUAG